UCUUGAAGCCAGAAGCUGCGUCGCUGAUACGGUCUGAGUUUAUCUUUUUAAAACAUUCGAGCGCAGUGCAUUAUUAUUGAGAAUUUUAUUUAUCAUUGAUAACAUCUCAUUUUGGAUUAACAUAUUGGUGUUGUCGCAUAUUUUUGUUUGCGCAUACCGUUUGGAUUCGUGUUUAACAUUGUUUUUGUUGGGGACCGUUAACAGGGAGAGAACACUUGACCAGUUCGCCAACCUUAAGUCGACCCGGCUUUAAGUCGAGGAUAAGAUUAUUAAUUAGAAACAGUUACAUAAACAGGUGGGUUAAUUGUAGAACGUGGCGCAAUUGUCUGAUAACCAACAACUAGACGUUGUUUAUCUUAUCGUAUUUGUAUUCCACCAUAGCAAGCAAAUUACCGUCCGUGUUCAUGCCAGAUCUGCAGCGCUUUAGUUUUCCUUACCAUAGCAUGAAUCCUUUGUUGGGGACAAACUCGCUUCUCCAACAUCAACAGCAGCCGAAUCUAGGACCGAGUCAUCCGGAUUCCCCAUCCGGCCUUCUGCCCGAGGCCAUCUUCGGCUCUCCAGAUCCGACCGCCUUCCUUGAAGAGUCUGGACUAGGCCCGGAGACGCUCUCCGGAUUUGAUUUCAACCCAUCCUCACAAAGUGCUUACCUGCACCAUAACCACAACCACCCGGUGCACCGUGCAGUGCCACCACCUGCUGCCAUGGCCCUAAGGAACGACUUGGGGUCCAACAUUAGCGUACUGAAGACCCUCAACUUGCGGUUCCGAUGCUUUCUCGCCAAAGUACACGAAUUGGAGCGGAGGAACAAGAUCUUGGAGAAACAGCUUCAGCAGGCUUUGGACGCCAAUACUAAAUGCAAAGGUGGAUGUUCUGAAAACGGGGGAGGGGCACACACCCAAGAAACAGGUGUCCAGACCGGGUUCGUGGGGACGAUUCCACUUAGGCCCGGUUCGCUUCCGUUUCACAACACAAACAACUCAGCUACGAGGCCCACAACGCUUUUCAUGCCACCACUCACGACAGUCCUCACGCUGGAGCAGAACCAAAUCGAAAAUCCAAACUCUAACCCGAAGAAUCCCACCAUCACAAUCAACCUGUCAACUCCAACUGUCGACUCCCCAUCCAGCUCCAGGUCACAAACCAUCGGGAGAACCGUCACAAGUACGAGCACCGGUACCGGAACCCCGACCAACCCCCCUCCCAGGUUUCUACCGGGAACUAUCUGGUCCUAUAACCACACCCGCAAGCUCGGCUCUGGCGUGGAGACGCGCGUUACCAGCCCAGGUGUGUCCUGGGUCCACCCGGACGGAGUUGGGGUUCAAAUCGACACCAUCACCCCAGAGAUCAGAGCCCUGUAUAACGUCCUGGCUAAAGUGAAGAGGGAAAGAGACGAAUACAAGCGCAGGUGGGAGGAGGAAUAUACCAUGAGGGUGGAUCUGGAACAGAAGAUCGCAGACUUACAGGAGGACUUGCAGGAGAGUGAAGGCUGCCAAGAUGAGUUGGCAGUCAGAGUUCAGCAGUUGAAGGCCGAGCUGGUCCUCUUCAAAGGCCUGAUGAGCAACAACCUGUCAGAGCUGGACAGUAAGAUCCAGGAGAAGGCCAUGAAGGUGGACAUGGACAUCUGUCGCAGGAUCGACAUUACGGCCCGUCUGUGUGACGUGGCCCAGCAGAGGAACUGUGAGGACGUCAUUCAGAUGUACCAGGUGCCCACCUCCCAGUCUGCCAUCAACUGUCGUCCCCGGAGACAGACUCCGCUGUCACUCAAUGGCAGCGACGGAGAUGAACCAAUUAGCACCUCGGAGAGCGACGGGGGUGUGCCCAAGGAGGAGGAAUUGUGUACCUCAUCAGCCAGUCAGAUCAAUGAGGAGAUGCAGCGAAUGCUGAACCACCUGCGGGAGUGUGAGUUUGAGGACGACUGCGACAGCCUGGCCUGGGAGGAGACUGAGGAGACCAUGCUGCUGUGGGAGGACUUCCCAGGAUGCACCCUGGCACCACCAGAGACCAAUCACCAGGCAGGAGAGCCAGAUGAGUCUUUGGAGAAGGUGAUUGAAGACACAGAGUGUCUGUUCAAAUCCAGAGAGAGGGAGUACCAAGACACGAUCGGCCAGAUAGAGCUGGAGCUUGCGACAGCCAAGAGUGAUAUGAACCGCCACCUGCAUGAGUACAUGGAGAUGUGCUCCAUGAAAAGAGGGCUGGACGUCCAGAUGGAGACUUGUAGGAGACUCAUCACCCAGACUGGAGACGGUGAUUCUCAGUCUCCCGUUCCGGGGCCCGGUGAAGAGAUUGAGUCUACAGAGAAGGAGAAACCAGAAGAAUCUCCUCCCUCCAGUUCCUCCAGAUCAUGACCCUCUCCUCUGUUCCUUCCAUCCUUCCGUCCCAUGACUUUCACUCCAUCCAGCUAGUGUACUUCGGCAUAUAAUUUAUGUUUAUAAUGCUUGCUAGGUUUUCGUGUACGUUUUCAGACUGUGUAUGCCGAUUGUGUACAUUUUCAACAAAUCAUACUGCCCACUAGUGGAGAGAUGCAUAUAUGCAAGGGUCAUAUCUACUUGCACUGACAGCAAUAUGGCACAGGAGUGGAAAAUUAGGUUUUGAUAUAAUCUCAUGAACCGUAGGAGUUACAUGUUAUUUUUAGGUGACUGUUUCAAAGUAGUAUGAAGAGGUGUCUGAAAUUGGCCAGGCAAUAUACACCCACAUAUCCACCUCAGGCUAACCUGCUGCAUAACAUUGUGACCUUUUUGUUCAAGCUUUUCUUUCAAGCUCAGGGCCCAGUAAGUUAAAACAGACAAAAUAGGAAUUGAGUUUGAUGACUCCAGUUUGGGGUGUAGAAUUUUGGGGACGGUUUCUAGAAUGUUGGUUUGUCAGGUUUGACAAAGAAUGUUUGUCUGGGACAUGAAAUGCUUGUGUAUUUGGAUUUAGUGUCGCAUUUAAAUGACAGCUUGUGUUUAGUUGACUAGAUGCCUCAUACUCAAACAGCACACAUAUUUAAGCACAGUCAAAUAUAAGUCGUUCAAUAGAAUAUCACUUCAUAUCGAAUUCAUUACCAGACUUUUUCACUGCAUUCAGUGAAAUACAUAAAAUAACAAAAAAAGUGAAGUUAAAAAAAUGAAUUGUAACUCAGAAGUUGAGGCACACAGUCAGACACGGCGUUGCUGCACGUGCUUCAGUGUCCUGACGUCGGGCUUCCAAGCAAUUUACUUGCAGUUUACAUCGGUAGGCCCAAGACAUCAAUGUCUUUAGGGGUGUAACCGCUGUUUGUACUUCAGAAACUUCCAGAGUGUAAAUGAUGUGUUUCAAUGUUUAUCCGAUAUUGACCGAAAUAUUGUAUGGUGAGAGUGGGUCCCUUCCGUAACUUAAAAUAAUUCAACACAACUUCUAACUACCUGAUUUCGUGUUACGGAACAGUGAACAGUUAUAAAGAAGCUAUAAUGCAAACGCAAGGACCCACACUAUAGCCUGUAUUGUAUUCACCAUGCAAAUCAAAGGCGAUGUCAGGUAAACAAACGGACUGCGGACAGCUUGUGAUUAUGAUCAGCAAGGACAGGGGGAAGGACACACACUUUUUGGUUUGGAACACAGCCUUUUUUUUCCCGCUGCGCUGCGGUGCCGUAUAAAUAGUGUAAAUACGUACGCUCUUCAGGACGAAUUUGGCGUUAGCGCCCUAUGGCCUUGCAUUGCUCUCUGUGUCUCUCCGUCAACGACGCAGGGACGGUGACAAGGUCGACUAAGGGCAUUGUCACCCAAAUGUUAUAUAGGAGCCGUGUUCAAAUAUUUUGUUUGGUUUGCAGUGGCAGGUCUAGUCAGUGUGGAGCCCUGGUCCGGAUCAGGCCAGCGAUAUUUAUACUGUAGUUGGUCACAUUGAAGAUUGGUAGACCAGAUAGAAGCCUACUGCUUUGUUGAGGUGGUUGACAGGUCAGAACAACCAGACGUGUCAGCUUUGAAUGUUAACCUUCUGUCAGGUUACUGCUGUGGUCUAGUAGGACUGGUGGACUAUAUAACACCGCAGGGUUAGUGUAGUCAAAAGGAAACCACAGAAGGUAAUGUUAAGUGCGUGCGGGUACAUUAGUGAAUGAAUUAUGGAUAUGAAUAGAUGGACAGACAGAUGAUUGUUCAUUUGACAUGAUAAAGCAUUAACUGUAUGAGUGCCAAACUUACUGGAUAUAUAGCCUAGUCUACAUUACGUUUAAGAAUCACUAAAGAAAAACAAGAAAAAAAAACUAAAGCUGAAAGCUAUUUCACAAACUGGUGCUUGUUGAAAAUUAUUGAUGAAUCCUAUUUUUGAGCUUGUAAACGUUUGCCCUUGUAACGAAAGAGCAAAGCAAAGUGUAUCCAAUAGCAACAGCAAUAAUAAGAGUAUAAAAUGCAACUGAAAAGGGCAGGAAUGGAAGUGUAGUUUUAUUAUUUAGCACACAAAUUCACACAUUCUGUCCCCAAAAUGAGUUAAAAUUCAUUUUGGGGUUAUUUUGGGGUUGAAAAUGUAUUACUUCUAUUUAGUGUAUCUGUUUUUGUGUGAUAACAUGUUUUUAUUGUAAAUCUCAGUUAUAUCAUAUUUUACAUGCUUUACUUUUUCCAUUAUUUAUGUGUUUAUCACCUUAAACUGACAAAAUCUACAUGCACACACAACAUGAAUGACAGUACGCUGAAUGUUGAUAGCAGAGGCAAAUAUAUGUCCACUCAAAUUAAAAAUAACGAACAAAAAAACAAUAUUUGGGAUCUAUUUAGGAUCAAUUAUUUACCUUUUAUUUUUGGUCCUGAAGAAGUCAAAUCAGGUUGAUUGUAAAUUGCUUCAGCUCACAUAUCAAUAUUCAAAUAUUCUGUAAAAGCGUUUGUCUCAUUGAUGAGGCUGUAGGUUGGGGUUUGUGAAAUAAUGAUAUGCAUGUCUUAAGUCUGGUGUUGGACACGCCAUCCCCACUCUUUGGCUACAACUGAAGAGUGCUAAGAGAAUACGUAGGAGACAGUGUGUGAGAACUAUGUAUUGUUUUGGCUCUAUGUAUAGUUUACCACAUCCACCGAGAGGGUGAGUGUCUCUGUAUGCAUGUGUUAUGUUUUGAGGGUGCUCUUAUUUCAGUGGUUUUUAAAAAGACUUUUACUGGUUCACCUACAACAUGAAGAAGUCAGUUCUCCAGAACCACACACAGACUCACACACACACAAAUACAUUACAUUUGGUCACCAAGUGUCUUCUGACAGACAAUCUGUAUGGACCCACUUAACCAAGAGCAGUGGGACCUUAAAGUGAUGUCUCACACACACAAACACGAUUUUGACUUACACACAACGCCUUAAAAACACUGUAUAUAUGUAUAUCAAACAUGUACAGUAGUUGCUUGACAACUCAGUCGUUCUCGUUCUUCAUGAGUGUAUGUGAGUGCUAAGUAAAGUUCUUUUAAAAACAACACCAAAAUGUAAAAAAAAAAAAACACUAAAACGACAAAAAAACUAGAAACUGCAAAAGGCUUUAACACUAUUGACAGUAUGAUUGCUAUGAUAUUGUAUACUGUGAUAUUAAAAGUAACAGCUAUGGGUAUAUUGUAUGUUUAAAGACUGCAUAGUGCAAGGAGGUCCUCAGUCACAUACUGAGUAGCAUGCUUUAGGACAAAAGUGUUUGAUGAACUAGGUCAGAUUGAGUUAUUCUGAGUAACAGCAAGAAUAAAUCCUCUAACCGUAUUCAUCAAUUCACCAGAACCAUAAAACCCAAAUCCUGGCCGACAUGUUUAUUAAUGUUUCAUACACAGUGCAAUAAAUAACAGGUGUAACUACAGGCACCUGCAAGAUAUUUAGAUUUUACGUUCAGUUUCCCAAACGUUUAUUUUAUUUGUAGCCUUCGUCAGGAAACAUGCGCCUCGUGUGUGACUGGGUAUAGGACCUUAAAUAUGUGUGUCACCUGAGUGUAAGAAGUGGCAGGUUUCGCUUUAGCUUUACUGCAAAGCUCAGCAUUCUGAGGGCAGAGUUAGAAUGAAGAAUAAAAAGU